GUGCGAGCGACACCGAGGGUUUGGCGACAGACGAUACGUUUUUUGUUCACCUCCGUCUCGGCUCAAGCGGCCGAGCGGCAGCGUUGCCCUCUGCGCCGCCUCGCGGCCUCGCGGCCUCGCGCUUCGAACCCUUGCGGGCCAAGUGAAGCAGGCCACUCCGAACUCCGAGAGCGAACCCUUCAAGAUGUACUCCCCAGAGGUUUCUUCGAGAGCGCUGUUCUUCUGCAUCCCCAUUCGUCUCACUGUCCUCACUUCGGCUGUGAUCGUCACCCUGACCUCCUUCUUGUACAUAGUGGACUACAGGCUCUUCAACCAGCUCUUCCGAAGCUUCGUUGGCGGCUUCGGCGUCGGAGGCAACAUCGCCACCUGCCUGGCCGAGUACAGCGGUCUCCUCUUUGGCGUCUUGGGCGUCAUGGGAACCUGGUCUGGCAGGAGAGAUUGGGUCAAGUCCUACAAUGCUUGGCUUUGGUUUAGACUGCUGUGCUACGGUGUCAUGUAUUUCUUUGACUUCCCGCUAAUCGCUCACUGUGAAGACUUUGUGAACAGUCUGCAACCGACCACGGAGAAGUAUGGUUACAAUCCGCUGAUGUACAACAUCGCAAUGAACAGCCAGUGUUCGAGCACACGGACACGGUUCCUUGUGUGUUCGAUCUUGAAUGUCGCCCUCAUCAUGUGCUCUCAAUGCUGGUAUUGCGACCCGUGGCCACAUCCAUCGGUCCAUGAUACUGCUUCGAAACGGUCAGACCGUUCGGAUCACCUCGAGCCAUUUCCCACGAGCUUCGUGGCAUGA